GGUGAAGGCUUCGUAGAGUUCAGGAAUGAGGCUGACUAUAAGGCUGCUCUCUGUCGUCAUAAACAAUACAUGGGCAAUCGCUUUAUUCAAGUUCAUCCAAUUACCAAGAAAGGUAUGCUAGAAAAGAUAGAUAUGAUUCGAAAAAGAUUGCAGAACUUCAGCUAUGACCAGAGGGAAAUGAUGUUAAAUCCGGAGGGGGAUGUCACCUCUGCCAAAGUCUGUGCGCAUAUAACAAAUAUUCCCUUCAGCAUUACCAAGAUGGAUGUUCUCCAGUUCCUAGAAGGAAUCCCAGUGGAUGAAAAUGCUGUACAUGUUCUUGUUGAUAACAAUGGGCAAGGUCUAGGACAGGCAUUGGUUCAGUUUAAAAAUGAAGAUGAUGCACAUGGCCCACUGCGUGACCUUGGUUCAGCUGUCCAUUUCAUGUGGCCACCUCAUUGACAAGGAUGUCAGCUCCAAGUCUGACCCACUCUGCGUCCUUUUACAGGAUGUGGGAGGGGGCAAAUGGGCUGAGCUUGGCCGGACUGAGCGAAUACGGAACUGCUUGAGCCCUGAGUUCUCCAAGACUCUGCAGCUUGAGUACCACUUUGAAACAGUCCAAAAGCUCCGAUUUGGCAUCUAUGACAUAGACAACAAGACACCUGAGCUGGGGGAUGAUGACUUCCUAGGAGGGGCUGAGUGUUCCCUAGGACAGAUUGUGUCCAGUCGGAUACUAACUUUACCGUUGAUGCUGAAGCCUGGAAAACCUGCUGGGCGAGGGACCAUCACGGUCUCAGCUCAGGAGCUAAAGGAUAGUCGUGUAGUGACCAUGGAGGUGGAGGCCAGAAACCUAGAUAAGAAGGACUUCCUGGGAAAAUCGGAUCCGUUCUUGGAGUUUUUCCAUCAGGGUGAUGGGAAAUGGCACCUGGCGUACAGAUCUGAGGUCAUCAAGAACAACCUGAACCCUACUUGGAAGCGCUUCUCUGUUCCCCUCCAACAUUUCUGUGGGGGAGACCCCAGCACACCCAUCCAGGUGCGAUGCUCAGAUUAUGACAGUGAUGGUUCACAUGACCUCAUUGGUACCUUCCACACCAGCUUGGCCCAGCUGCAAGCAGUCCCAGCUGAGUUUGAAUGCAUCCACCUUGAGAAACAGCAGAAAAAGAAAAGCUACAAGAACUCUGGAACUAUCUGUGUCAAGAUUUGUCAGGUAGAAACAGAAUAUUCAUUCUUGGACUAUGUGAUGGGAGGCUGCCAAAUCAACUUCACUGUGGGCGUGGACUUCACGGGGUCCAAUGGAGACCCUUCCUCACCUGAUUCCCUGCACUACCUGAGCCCAACAGGGGUCAAUGAGUACCUGACAGCACUGUGGAGUGUGGGCAGUGUGGUUCAGGACUAUGAUUCGGACAAGCUGUUCCCAGCAUUUGGAUUUGGGGCCCAGGUACCCCCUGACUGGCAGGUCUCCCAUGAAUUUGCUUUGAACUUCAACCCUAAUAACCCCUACUGUGCAGGCAUCCAGGGCAUUGUGGAUGCUUACCGCCAGGCCCUGCCCCAAGUUAGGCUCUAUGGCCCCACCAACUUUGCACCCAUCAUCAACCAUGUGGCAAGGUUUGCAGCCCAGGCUGCACAUCAGAGGACAGCCUCGCAAUACUUCGUGCUGUUGCUGCUGACCGAUGGUGCUGUGACAGAUGUGGAGGCCACACGUGAGGCUGUGGUUCGUGCCUCCUUCCUGCCCAUGUCAGUGAUCAUCGUGGGUGUGGGUGGUGCUGACUUCGAGGCCAUGGAGCAGCUGGAUGCUGAUGGUGGACCCCUGCGUACACGCUCCGGGGAGGCAGCUGCUCGUGACAUAGUGCAGUUUGUGCCCUACCGCCGCUUCCAGAAUGCCCCUCGAGAGGCACUGGCGCAGACUGUACUUGCAGAAGUACCCACGCAACUGGUCUCCUACUUCAAGGCCCAAGGUUGGGCCCCAUUCAAACCACUUCCACCUGCAGCCAAGGGCCCUGCACAGGUCCCUCAGGCCUAGAUUCCCUUGGAGGGGUAGACUGUGGCCAGUCCUCAGUCCUGUGUUCUUAAGGUCCUCCAACCCUGAACACACAUUCCCUAGUGCUAGCACUUUAUGUUUUAUACUUUUAUGCUUACUUUUAUACUUGCUAUAGCCACUCUUGAUCUCACCUGCUUGUCCCUGGAGCCUCUCAUUCAAUAAAGAUCAAUGAAGACCA